AAUUACACUAAAACAAACAUUGCGGUAAGAAAAUGGUCCUAACAUUAAAAGGAAAGCCGCCAAAAGAUGCGUCAAGAAAUAAGAAAUAAUCUUGCUUAUACGGCUAUAUUAAAUUGCGUCUCCGUUAUGCCUGUAGGUCUCCCGCGGAUUUUACACUUGCCAGUGUAUUCAACUUUAUUGGUUUAAAUUUUUGCUUAGCAACCCCACAGGUACAAAGUGGUAUAAAGUGCGUGGGAAUUUCUUAGAAAAUGUGAGUCCGAUGCUAUUUAAAAUCGCACUAUUACACUCCAUCAGCUCACAUACUUUGCGUCUUGCUGUUAUGAAGGUUCGAUUCACUUGGUAAUCAAAGAGAAUAUUCCAAUUUCAAGGGACGCGAGCUGUUCAGUCUUACACCGAACGUUAUCUUCCAUCGUUGGUGAUAUAGUGUUGCAGCAUAAACUUUGGAAAUUGGCCUAAACAUUGGGACUGAACGAUUGGUACUUGUUAAGGUUAGCAGGGGAAGAAGCGAAUAGUUCUACCUCAUUCCACGGAUCAAGCCAGGUCUGCUAAAUUUUGACACUGUUGGUUUAUUAAGCAACUCGACCUUUUGGGACAUACGAUAUAUUGGAAAACGUUUUCAAGGUUUGGCAUUCAAAUGAAUUUUUCAAGCAGCUGCAAUAUCACUGAUAACAUAACAGUAAACAAUGCUAGCGCUUGCGGAGCAAGUCCAACUGGGCCGGAGAUUUUCUCAGAUCUCCACGAGGAGUUCGCUAAGUUCCUUUUUGGUUCUGCCAUAUACAUGAUCUUGUUGUCGCUUAUCACUGUUGUAGCCAACGCCUUGCUCCUGUUGGUCGUGAUUGUCGAUCCACUGAAGACGUUCAAGAACCCAACUUCGUAUUUUCUCAUUGGCCUGGCGAUAAGCGAUUUGUUAACCGCGCUCAUCCACCUGCCUUUGACCUCCAGCUGCUUCAUCUUCUUUUAUCUCCGAAGUCCAGAACAGGGACUUAUUUACUGCUAUGAAAUCUUUCUUGACUUGGGCCAAACUCAAGCAGCCAUAACUAUGACUAUUUCAUUUCUGAUAGUGUUUGCGUUCACCGCUACACAGUUCGUUAUCGUGUCCUCUCCACUGAAAUAUGCACGCAUGGCGACUUCACGAAAAGUAGUAAUUUGUGUUGUUAGUUUAUACCUAUACUGUACUUUGUUUUGGGUGUCCAAAUAUUGGGGAUUACCCGUUGACGUGCUCAAAAAGAUCGACGUUCUUCUACACAAUUUUUUAAUUCCCUAUGCCACAAUUGCCUGUUACGUUCUUUUACAUUACACUUUCAAACGGAAAAUGGCCGCUUCAAAAAUGCUUUCGAGUGAGAGUCACAUUCAGCGGGUACCGAAAGAAACCCAAGGCAAUCGCGUCCACCAAAAGUUUGUGAAAAUUAACUGUGUUUUGAUUGCCAUACUCGUCUUCUGUUCACAGCCUUCAGCUAUAUUUUGGUUGAUUAGGAACUUCUGGCUCCCGGCUGAAGAAACAGUACAGUUGUCCACCGUUAAUCUUUUCAUUGAUAAUAUUCUUUACCUGAAGUUCAUGUUAGAUCCAUUUGUUUACGCUUGGCGUUUGCCAAAGUACAGGGAGGCCCUCAGGGUUAUUUUCCCCGCACUAGAGAAGUGCAGGCGUAAGUCGAGAUAUGAAAGAAGAUUAGAAGAGUCAAUGACUAGCCGAUCACUUGAAACAGUGAUGACUUUGGAUGUCAGAAAAAUCGACAGUGAAUAGAAAGACAAUAAAUUCAGCAGGGCUGGCGCAGUGGUGAGAGCGCUCGCCUCCCACCAAUGUGGCCCGGGUUCGAUUCUAGCUUGGUGCAAUUUGUGGGUUGCGUUUGUUGUUGGUCAACGCCUCGUUUCAAUUAUUUUUCUUCGGUUUAUCCAGUUUUUCUCCCCCCGCAAAAACCAACACUUUUAAAAAUUCCAAUUGGAAACAGUGGUCAAAGUGUAUCUUGGUCAGGGGGAUGCGCACUGCAAAUUCAUAUAUCCAUCUGUUUAUUAUUUUCCGAUUGAUUGACUGAUCCAUCUAUCGAUUGAUUUUAUUUACGUGUAAUUUUUUCAUAUGGCGACACACUUGUUGUUCUGCACCAUGUUUGUUGCGUAAAGAGAAUAAUAUCCGUUUGGCAACACACAGCUGAUCGAAUGAAUAGGUUUUAGGUCAAGAAAUUAUGUACUGAAAGUAAUUCCAGAAUAAAUUCUUUUUCCACGGGUACAUGUAGGAUUGGUAAUGUAUGCAUAAAAAAAGUUCAGUUUGCAGCAAAAUCAUACAUAUCAAAGAAAUUGGCUGGUCAGAUUUAAAAACGGUAAACUGUCUGUAAAGAAAGAAAAUAAAGUGAUGAAACUAUUCAUUACGCUUUAAGUGAUUAACU